CGGAAAACAAGAUCAAUGUAUUGUAGGACUAAAGGGUCAGCGUGGAGGACCAAAGACAUGCAUUCUAUAUUGUUAACCAACCCCAUAGCUCUUCUUGCUGUGAUCCUGGGUAGCACCAUCAUUUUCAUACUAUUCCUCCAACCGCGCCACCUAUCAUCUUCCCCGAAGUCUGAUUCCAUGGCUGCCCGGAGCUUUGUUCUUUGGCUUCACGGGCUUGGUGACUCUGGUCCAGCCAAUGAACCCAUCAAGACACUCUUUAGGUCUUCCGAGUUCCGAAACACCAAAUGGUCUUUCCCUUCUGCCCCUGAAAACCCCGUCACCUGCAAUUAUGGAAUGCGAAUGCCCUCUUGGUUCGACAUUCAGGAGAUUCCUGUUACAGCUGAUUCUCCAAAAGCUGAAAGUGAUGUCCUUAAAGCAGUUCAGAAUGUGCAUGCGAUGAUAGACAAAGAAGUAGCUGCUGGGACGGAUCCUAAUAACGUAUUUGUGUGUGGAUUUAGUCAAGGAGGUGCCUUGACCUUGGCUAGUGUUUUGUUGUACCCAAAAAAGCUUGGUGGAGGUGCAGUCUUCAGUGGAUGGGUUCCUUUCAAUUCUUCAAUGAUAGAAAAGUUCCCAGAAGAUGCAAAGAAGACACCUAUUUUGUGGUCCCAUGGAAUGGCUGACAGAACAGUACUUUUUGAGGCUGGACAAGCGGGGCCUCCUUUCCUUCAACAAGCAGGAGUAACCUGUGAAUUUAAGGCUUAUCCUGGUCUUGGCCAUUCAAUAAGCAACGAGGAGCUGCAGUUCCUUGAAUCAUGGAUUAAAACACGUCUACAAAGUUCUUCAUAGAUCAGUAGAUUGUCUUGAGAACGAUAUCCAAUUAUUGUCAUUGGUUUUUAGUGGAAUUGGUAAUCACUUGAAUACUACAAUUAUUGGUGUGGGUGACAUAUGAGGAUAUUUUUCAUGUUUGGAUUAUUAUAAGUUGGAAUCAACUUCUGUAUUGUUGCUUUAUUUAAAACAUAAGUUUCUAUACUUGGAGUA